AUGGGAAUAGACAAAUUCAAGCAACUGAACGGGGAGCUCAGGAACAGAGACUCACCAAUGUGGGACACAGUGACUCCGGACAUUGCCACAUGUUCCCUGGGGCUGAAACCUCGCCCUAUUCGGAAUCCCUGCCAGAGAACCAAGGAGCCCAACAAAAUGCCUGCUAUGCCCUGCUGCCCCUGUGACUCCACCACUGGGCUGGAGACUAGAACCCCAAUGGGGAUGAACCUUGGCCUCACAAGAGCUGUAAAUUGCUGUGUCUGCUGCCACAACUACGGCAUGCCUGACCAAACCGAGGACCAUGAGCACUUCUACCUCUUCCAAGCCUGCGAGUGUCACAAGUGUGACCUCUUGUCGGUCUUGCCUGCUGAGAGUGCCUUCGAGAUGGACCACGGGCCACACCUAAACAGGCAUCCGACUCGAGAUCUGAGGAGGAGUGGAAGCACACCUCCCAGACAUCGCAGCUUUGUCAAGAAGAUGGCCAUUCAAGGAAGUGUCCUCAGUUACUCCUUGCCUUUAGCUUCCCCAACUACAAAACGUCUUCAGGAUCAUCUACCAACCGUUGCUGGCAACGUGGAAUCUGACGGGGAGGGGUUUGAAAACAUCCAUAGUGGAAAGAGAGCUGAGACGGAGGAUGAGGUGGAGUUGGGCACAGUGAGGGGGAAAGGAUCUCGAGAUCUCCCAGGGGAGUAUGCGGAUGAACCAAGCCCCAAACUCUUUGUCUCUGUCCUGGACUCCAGCACCCUUGAAGAAGCAACUGACAAUUUCUCCUUCCGGGACUUCCCACAGGCCCCCUGCCCUGAGGGGCUCGUUGCCGCAGCUUCUGGCCAGGCCUCGGUUUCUCCCUCCUCAGAGUGGCGGCGGAAGCUGGAGGCGGCCGAGGCUCUGCUGAUUCUGAGAGCAUCUCCUCAGGCCCCCUCAGGCUCCAUCUCCCAGCUCCAGCCUUGAGUUGCACCAGCUCCUGCUGGAGUUAGAGGGCUCCGGCCUUCUAGCCCCUCUCUCCGACCCAGGCCGGCCAGUUCUGUUUCUCUGCCUAUUGGACGGACAUCUGGGACACAUCUCCUUCUUGAGCUAGAAGCCCAGAGGAGGAGGCGUCUUUAG